UUGAUUAACGCAAAUGAUAACGGCCGAUAGCACUGGCUAUGUCAGUACGUAGUGAACAGUUCUGCAGUUGAGACUGGGAUUUAUCAACAUGGAACGUUGGCAAGGAAAAGUAGCAAUCGUGACGGGAGCCAGCUCGGGAAUUGGUGCCGCAACGGCUAAAGCACUAACCGUUGCUGGAAUGGUGACGAUAGGGCUAGCCAGAAGAGUCGAUCGCGUGGAAGCAUUAAAGUCAGAGCUUCCUGUGGAAGUAGCUUCCAGGAUGCAUUCCUUUCGAUGUGACGUCUCGAAGGAGGCGGAUAUCCUGGCGGCAUUUGAGUUUGUCGAGGAUAAUUUCGGCGGAGUCGACGUGCUGGUAAACAAUGCUGGAACAUAUCAAAAAGUAGAUUUACUAGCACCCGGGAACACAGAUUGUUUGAGACAAUCUUUGAAUACCAAUGUGCUGGGAUUAGCAUUGUGCAGCCGGGAAGCAUUCCAAUCGAUGAAGAAACGCUCCGUUGAUGGGCAUAUUUUCCACAUCAACAGUAUCGAAGGUCACAAGGUACCUUUCUACCCAGGUGCGAAUCUGUAUCCGGCCAGUAAAUAUGCGGUUACGGCAAUUACCGAAACGAUGAGAAAUGAACUUAGAGAGGCGGGUACCAAAAUUAAGGUCACGAGCAUCAGUCCUGGAUUUGUGCGGACCGAAAUGGUAGAACUGUGUGAUACGUACAACAACCUGGAAGUGGAAUCGUUGCCGAUGCUUCAACCGGAAGACAUAGCGAAAGCUAUUGUAUAUGCGCUGGGCACUCCGCCACACGUUCAGAUUCAUGAAUUGACGAUCAAACCUGUUGGAGAGCCGGUUUGAGGAAGUGACAUGUGCGCAAACGGAUGUCUUCAAUAUAUACAAAAUCGUAUUAAUAAACCUGUUUUUAAUCCACCUAGUGAUGUAAUAGUGCAUUUCUCAUUCACACGUACUAAGUUUCUAUGACAGCAUUGGCAUCGUGAGAAAGUGUUCUACAACUAUGAACCUGAUUAGCUAUGUGUCGACGCUGAUUGAUAAAUUAAAAAAAAAAAUUGAAAACAAUUAUGAUAUUUAAUUAGCUUAAUCGGCAGAAGAUCAUUCAUUUAAAAGUAGGUACAUUAUCCUUACGGUUAAAUACUCUGAGAAAGAAAAAAAAACAUGCCAAAAACGCAUAGAAGAGAUACAUUGAUCGAUUGAA